AAAGUGAACCUGAAAUGGAUGUUCGAAGGUCGACCUCAAAUUUGUAUAGUGAUCAUUCGAAGAAUUUUUGUGUUUUUAUAAUUUCUUACCAAAAAUUUAAAAAACCCAGACAUCGCGUUUGAUAGCAGUUUGUUUUUUCUUAUUUUACUAACCAAUUUUAGCCAUUUUGGUUGGUGAAUCAUCGAUAGUUAUAAUCGUCCAUCAGCCACACGUGAAGUGGUCAUUUUGAGGUUCGGUGCUAGUACAAUCUGCAAUAUGGAAUCGUGGGAUGACGACAAUUUUGAGCCCACUGCUCCUACAGUUGUUCCAGUAGUUUCUAACAAGUGGGAAGGAGAAGAUGAGGAGGAAGACGUUAAGGAAAGUUGGGAAGAUGAAGAUGAAGAAAAAAAAGAAGAUGGAAAAGGUGAUACAGAUCAAAAGAAACCUAAAAAGAAGAGUCUAGCUGAAAAAAUAGCUGAGAAAGAGAGAUUAAAAAGAGAAGAAAUGGAACGAAGACUUAGAGAAGAGGCUGAAGAAGAUAUACCACCAGAAGAAAAACUUAGACGUCAGCAGGAAUCUGACCUAAAAUUAGCUCUUGAAACAACCUUUGGUGGUAACAAAACUACUGAAGUUCUUACUGAUCUUACAUUACCUAAUUCAACAGAGGAAUUUGAUAGCUUUACAGAUACCCUUUCCAAAAAACUCAUUACUCUAUCCAAAAGUACUGAAUAUCCAAAUUUUGUAGAAAAUUUGACUAGAAGUUUAUGUGCCACAAUGUCAUCUUUGGAUAUUAAAAAAGUUAAAAACUCAUUAGAUAAUUUAUUUUUGGAAAAACAAAAAAUAGAAAAAGGUGACAAGGCGAAAAAGAAUAAAGGAAAAGGCAAAGCGAAGCUUCACAUUGAAGGUGAUAAUCAAUUUUCACAAUUAUCAGCUUACGUUAACGAUUAUGAUGAAUACGACGAUUUUAUGUAGCAACAAAAACUUCGGAUAUUUAACUAUUGUAUUUUAAUAUUUUUUAUCUAAGUUAUUCAAAUUGUUACAUAAACUUCUAAUUGAG